AUGUCCCAGGAUUUUCGCAGGUCCUCGGUCGGCCGCCGUCUUAAGAGCAGCAGCAAGGACUCAGGGCGCCGCGCCCACCCCAAGUCCAAGUCCAACAUCACCCUUGUGGAACAUGAUGAAGCCCGAAGCUUCGCCCUACGAACCGCAUACCUCCACUACCUCCUGCAGCCGAAAGCGAAACGAAAGCAAUACGUCGCCGCUCCCAAGCCCCCAGCUCGCACCCACACCAGUGUUGGCCAGCUCGUCCAGGAAUAUGUGUCUGGCAGCGCAUCCGCCCUCAAGCUCCCCAGUAGCUUUCCUGUCGCACUUCUCGAUCGUGUCGGCGGCGUCUUAAAAGGUUCCGAGCGCUUGCCCGGCUUCAACGAUGCUGCUGUGAAGCGGAGCUUCGCAGAGGCUUACAUUGCCUUUUCCGAGAAGACAUUUUGCAAAACCAUUGAAAAGGAGCGCAAAUUCGAGCCCCUUGUUCUCAUGUUUUACUCAUCUGCGACCAAAGCCGCCCAAAAAGGGCGCGCCCCCGACGAUGACUCCUGGAAGCUUUUGCCCGAUCGUCACCUGGCCUUGUUCGUCCGCCUCGCCGCCACCAUGCUCCGAGACCAAGGUCACGAACGCGACAAAUCUGAGUUGUUCUCCAGGCUUAUUACCCUGGAAAACAAGCUCCUGACCAAUGACCAAGAUCUCGUCAGUUCUGGCUCCGAUUCUGCAGGCACCACCAUUGAGGUUGUUGUCCCUCUGAGUUAUGAUGUCAAGGACAUGCCUAUGGUACAAAUCGUCGCCGGUAUAUUUGGGCUCAGCCUCUCCGACGUACAGGCCGAAGUAAAUGAGAAGCACACCGUUUGGACUGAGGAAGCAGCUCUGAGGGAUCUCAAGACGUACCAGCAGCGCCUAACUUCCAACGGCUCUGGCGCUCUCCGCAGCGACGACUUUGAUGUCGAAGAAUCAUUCACUGAGUGGCAAAAGUCGGAAGCCCACUUUCUGUCGCAAAUGAUGCUGGAAAUCUUGACUGCCAAACCGGAGCUUACAAAGUCGUCUUCGUCUGGCGACAAACUCCUGCCCAGUCGCCCACAAUCUAUGUACGUGGAGGACCAAGCCUACGCCGACCUCAGCCGUGCCAUCUCUUCGCUGGACACUUCCCUUGGAUUCGAUCCCUUGGCUUCCAUAUCCUCCAUCUCCAACGACGCGAGCAGCAUUCGUACUGUCGAAGAAGGUGGCUUGUAUACUUUCAUUCCGCCCAACCCUCGAGCAUACUAUAAAUAUAUUCUCCAACACGCUGUAGCUUUUGACCAGCUACAUGCCGACCCCGCACUCGAUUACCAGCCCCUCUCCAAGCAAUCCAUGGAUCUCAUGACGGAACUUUGUGUGCGUUGGCGACUCCCGCAGGCUUCACGAUUAAUAACUCUGCUUGAAAUUGCGGCGCGCAAGUUCCUUGACCAGGAGAUUGUGCCCGAGGAGCUUGAUACCAUCAUCGAAGUCGUCAAAAACCCGCAACCAGAACCCAAGAAGCCACCGUAUAUUCAAAACUAUGCAUUACCCCUGACCGAUAUACCACCGAGCAAAUGGACCAUACACGACUUUGCCGUCUAUCAAAGCACAUUUCACUCUAUUCAUGACGCUAUAUUACGAGAACUUUACGACAUAAUGGCACAGUGCUACGAUAGCAAGCCUCCAAAUAUUGGCGCUGUCAUGUUUAUCCUCGAAAACCACAUUUACAAGGACGAAAUAUUCACACCGAGACCCGAAGCAGUGGCUGAAUUCACAGAGUAUCUUACUACCGCCCUCCGGAACAAGGCAGUCGAAGUUUACCGUGAAAAUAUGCGUAAAGAAAUUCCAGUCGUCAAGGAGGAUUGGGAGUUUGCGCAUGUUGUGAAGCUCGGCAAGACCAUUACAAAACUUUGUGACCGUAUUCGCAAGAGAUACAAGAACAACCAAACCAUCAUCGGCGUGGACCCUUUUGCAAUCCUGGUGGAAGAAAUCUUCCCAAAUUUUGAGAGCGAUGCCGGCGCCAUUCUCGAAACGAUUCUUGGGCAAGCGCAGGUCAGCGGUGAAGACAUUGAUAUUGAAGACGGAUUUGAGCUCUACAAGGAGCUUGUUGCUAUCCGACGCAUCCACCAUGACUAUCUUCCCACCAAAGCGUUUGCUUUCAAUAUCGAGAACUUGCUUGUCGACUUCGUCUGGCGGUGGAUUCGCGUCGCUGAAGGAAAAAUGUCAGACUACGUCGACCAGGCAAUCAAACAGGACCAAUUUCAAGUUCGCACCGCACAUGUUGAUCACAUCGUGCGCGACUCAGAGAGACAUAGCGUGUCUGUCAUUGACCUGUUCAUGCUAUUCAACCAGACAGUUGACCAGGUCUUCAAGCUGGAGUGGGACAAUGAUGAACACCAUGCUCGUUUUAUGACGGCGCUUGCCCGCAGCUUCUCGGCCGGCUUGGGCCGCUACUGCGAAGUGAUUGAGCAGCGGUUUACCAAGGAAAUGGAUCGUCCAUCCGCCGAGGAGAUUGCUUUGCAGAAUAAGUCGACGCAGGAGAAAUGGAUGCAAUUUGCCAAAGAUGCCUGGAACAACAAGGAAAAGGCGGAGCCCUUCCAGUUCUUUGCCGAGUCCUUCGUCAAGCUCAACAAUAUUGAGUAUGCCAUGCAGGAACUUGACAAGCUGGAGAAGAGUAUGAACUCGGAUGCCUGCGCCGAAUUACUGGAGAAGAUUGAUGGCCCUAGGAAGCAGACACGGAAGCCAAGCAAGUACACGUUCACCAUUAAGGUUGUUGAAGCAGAAGAUCUCAAGGCUUGCGACCCAAAUGGUUACAGCGACCCGUAUGUGGUCUUUGGAGACGAGUAUCAGAAGCGUCUGUACAAGACCCGCAUCAUCUACAGGAAUCUUAACCCGCGCUGGGACGAGUCAUUUGAGUUUACUGUGCAAGGCCCGGUAAAUCUCAUUGCCACUGUUUGGGACUACGACUCGUUUGGAGACCACGACUAUGUUGGCCGGACGUCGUUGAAGAUCGACCCGGCCCAUUUUGGUGACUAUCUCCCUCGAGAAUUCUGGCUGGAUCUGGAUUCUCAGGGUCGAAUGCUUAUCCGAGUAAGCAUGGAAGGCGAACGAGACGAUAUCCAGUUCCACUUUGGGAAGGCUUUCCGCCAUCUUAAGCGAGCUGAGCGAGACAUGGUGCGCAAGAUUACUGACAAGGUAGGCCUCAUCAAGUGCGUUGCAGUUGAAAAUCGGCUAACCAGAGAAAAGCUCACGAGCCAGAUCAACUCGACACUUUCUGUCGAGACGCUCCGGGGCCUUCUGGGGUUGAAUGGCCUCGGUUCGCAGGUUACUAACCUGUGGAAAAAGCGUACAUCCACGCUCCCAGUACUGACGCCUCAGCAAAUCGUACAUGCCCUGACGCCGCUCUUUACCUAUUUCGACGAAAAUUUUGCCAUUAUGAAGCAGACGCUGACUGAUGCGACAAUGAUCGCCGUCAUGACGCGAUUGUGGAAAGAAGUCCUUAUGACGAUUGAAAACUUGCUCGUACCGCCAGUUUCCGACAAACCCUCCACGCAGAAAUCACUCAGCAGAAAAGAAUUGGACAUUGUGUACCACUGGCUUGAACUUCUGUUUGGCUUCUUCAACGCCAAGGAAGAGCACUCUGGCGAGCAGCUCGGCGUUCCUGCCGAGGUUCUCAAGUCGCCUAAGUGGCACGAGCUGGCGUCGCUCAACUUCUUCUACUUUGAAGACACGCACAGCCUCAUCCGCGAAUCGGAGCGCAUGGCUUCGGCCACGGCGCAGCGCGCGCAGCAGGCGCUCCUAAGCAACCAGCAGACGAUGCGCCACUCGGCGCCGCCGGGCUUCGGCGCGGCGCUCGGCGGCGCGGGCGCCUUCGCCAGCAUGGGCACGAUCCGCCGCGGAAAGAGCAUCAUGAUGAGCCGCAACCUGGGCACCAUGCGCAAGGCCAAGGAGGCGAAGCGUCGCGAGACGCAGGCGGACCCCAGCGACGACAUGAUCCUCCGCAUCCUCCGCAUGCGUCCCGAAGCGGCGCACUACUUGAAGGAGCGCCACAGGCAGAAGGAGCGUCAGGCGGCGACGGCGGCGGCGGCACUGAUUGUCAAGAACUCGAUCACGCAGGGCUGGGGGGCGAAUGUAGCUGCAAACGCCUUUGGGAGGGUCAAUCUGCCUAGACGGUGA